AUGCCGCCCUCAUCCCUCGUCGCUUUCUUGCGGCGCGUCUGCUUCGAUGACUACGGCUAUACCUUUGCUUUCCCAGCCUUGACUAUAUCGACCCUUGCGCUCUCUCAGGCCGUCAUCAGACGCAUCAGCUUCACCGAAAUCGACUUCCAGACCUACAUUGCACAGGCUGCUCUCUUCCUCGAUGGCGAACGUGAUUACGCGAAGAUCGACCCAAAGGGCGGGAGCGGACCCUGUGUCUACCCAGCCGUCCACCUCUACAUCUACUCAUUCUUCAAUUGGCUCACAGAUGGAGGCGCCAACAUUCUGCCGGCUCAGAACGUAUUUGCGGGGCUCCUGACGGCGAUAAACCUUAUCGCUGCCCUCCUUUACCGACAAGCAGGCAUGCCUCCAAUCACCGUUCUGCCGCUGAUUCUGUCAAAGCGCAUCUAUUCCAUCUUCCUGCUUCGGAUGUUCAACGACCCCUUCGCUAUCUUCCUCGUCUAUCUUGCUCUCUUCGCAGCAGUCAACACCAAGUGGAAGCUAUCGGCCCUCCUCUUCAGCCUUGGAUUGGGCGUCAAGAUGAACGUCCUCCUCUUCCUGCCCGGGGUCGCCGCAACUGCCUUCUACUACAGAGGCGUAAAGGGCGCGAUCGCGUACAUGACGAUCGUCGUCUUGGUUCAAGCGUUGGUUUCCCUACCGUUCACUUUGCAAGAUCCGCAUGCAUACCUCAAGGGGGCUUUUGACUUCUCGAGAGCCUUUCUCUACGUCUGGACUGUCAAUUGGCGAUUCGUUCCCGAGGCUACCUUCCUGUCCCAGCAUUUUGCUAAGGGUCUCCUCGCAACUCACGCCCUCCUUCUCGCGCUUUUUAGCCUGUUCCGCUGGACAUCGAUCGGCUCGCAAGGACCUCAGUGGAUUGUGCAGAACCUGUCCAACAAAGCUCGAAAACUCAGCCUAGUAGACAAGCGCGCGAUCCUCUGUUGCGCAUUCAGCGCCAACGUGAUCGGCUUACUUUGCUCUCGAAGCUUACAUUACCAGUUCUAUUCGUGGUACUUCCAUCAAGUGCCCUUGCUCUUGUGGUUCUCCAAGCUGCCGGUAUUCAUCAAGCUCCUUGUGCCGGUCGCCCUCGAAUGGUGCUGGAAUGUCUUCCCUUCCACGAAGGAGUCGUCGCAGGUGCUCCUCGCCAGCCACGUCGUUCUCGUUUUUGGCUGUUACACUCUCCCUGGCCCGGUCGCAGAUCGGCAAGUGGCAACACCAGAGCUUCACGACGAGGAAUACGAGGAAGACGAGGAAGAGGACGAGGUCGACAACUUGCUGUCGACCGAUGGUCUUCGCGCAAGCCGCAAGGAGGCAUUCGAUGCAGACCGAGAGACAGAGUCCGACGACGAGGACAAAGCAACAAAACGAGAGGUAGCUCUACAGCGCAUCGCCCAAGCCCGGCAGGCCAAGGCGGAGAAAGAGGCAAAGCUGCGAAAAGCCUUCCGACGCCGCAUCGCGACCCGGCGUCGUGUAUUGGCGCUUCUCGGCAGAGCCUCGCUUGUCCUCCGUCCAGUUCUCGUUCUUCUCAGCGUGGCGCUCAUCUUCGUCGUGCCACAUCCGCGAUCGCCGGUGUCCAAGGGCACCUACGUCGACGAAAAUGCCCUUCAACCUGGUCAAGCACGCGUUUAUUGGGACUACUUUGACGUCACGUACGCCGAUAUGCUCUCUGAAAAGGUGUCCCUCUUAGACGACGCCUCCGGUGCGGAGCGUGCCGACUUCGUCUUUUCCGAGCUCCACUCAUACGGUCUCGAGACGAAUCGCCAAAAUUAUCGUCACGAUGCACCACUACAAAAUCGCGACUUGGUGCUAUCCGGUACAAACGUCUAUGCCAGGUCGGCAACACCGCGAAUCGAUGGCCGCGAAGCUAUCAUCCUCACUGCAAGCUGGCGCAGCCGGUGGCAAGGCGAAAACGACCCCUUUGGACCUGCUGAUAACACCACUGAUGCGCAGAGCACCGACUCUCGUCGGCGGACCAACGUACGUGGUGUCGCUUCUCUCCUCGUUCUUGCUCGCUACCUGUCCACGCAGGCCCAUUUGAGUAAGGAUCUCAUCUUUGUCAUCAGCGACGGCUACCUCGAAGGCAUCCACGCAUGGUCUUCGGCCUACUUCGGCAGCGUUCCCGACGGGCUCAAAGUCGAUCCAGUAGCGGCAGGAGGUUCGCAGGUGUGGAACGCCAUCUCCAUCGACUAUCCCGCUGACUCUUUCUCUUCUCUAGAAGUCCAGUACGAAGGCUUUGAUGGUCAAUUGCCGAAUAUGGACGUUGUCAACACGGUCGUACGCAUCGCCGAUAGCGUGGCUGGAGGUAUGCCCGUCACCUUCGGUCAAAAGUCGGCCCAAUCACUACUGAAAGUGCCAGUGCAGAGGCUAGCUCAGCGAUGGGGCGUCAAGCUGCGUCCAGACGUCGAGUACGAACUCGUCAACUACGAGAACGGUGUUCGCGGUUCGUUGCGACAGGUGGGCUUCGGCGUGCCCGGACGAGCCAGUGGCCCACACGGCUUCUUCCAAAGACACCACGUCGACGCAGUCACACUCUACGCAGUCCCCGCAACAGGGCCAUACGGGUUUUUCCACAUGGGCAGACUCAUCGAAUCUUUCGUGCGCUCCAUGUCGAAUCUGCUGGAGAGACUCCAUCAUUCGAAAUUCUUCUACCUCCUUCUCAAUCCGCGUCGAUUCGUUCCGAUUGGCACGGCGAUCCUGAUUCCACUCUUUCUGUCGAUCGCGCUGACCAUCGGUGGCAUGGCACUCUGGUUCUCGGAAGAGGAAAUCUCAAGGCGGGAGCGCGAAGCUGUCCUUUCGGGGCUCGAUCAACGGCUUAGCAAGGAGGCGGACGUUCCGCCGGAGGCGCCAACGAUGGCUUGGUAUCGCGAGAAGGCGGUGGGGCUGCACCUUGCGGUUGUAGAAGGAGAAGACAAUGUGCAGGGUAGGAUAGACGGCAAUGCCGACAGGCUGGGGGAAUCGAUGAGGCCGAUCGCAACGACGCUCGCGUGCGUCGCUUCGACUGUCCUGGGAGGAGCAGUGGUGCUGUGGCACGGCGACGACUUGCUCGAAAAGCAAACAGAGAACCCAAUGAUGCCUGCUUUUGCGGCACGGGCAGUCCUGCUAGCUUUCCCACUCAUCGUGGCGCUGAUUCUCCGCUCUCGUUGCACCACGCAGCGUGCGCGUCGGGUCGGCUCGCUUCUGAUCGCAUUUGCCUAUCUGCAAGCCGGCAUGCUAGUGGCAGUCUUGAGCGUGUUGAAUUUUGCUCUUGCUGCUUUCCUCGCCAUCUUGACGUAUGCUGCGCUCAGAAUUGCGUCCGGCAGGCCAUCUCCAUCGCCAGCUUCCACCACGGACGCUCUCUCGCCGGUUCGCCUCGUUCGGGGUGCAGCGACGCUGCUCUUCAGUCCCGUCCUCUGGUCAGCGGUCCUGCAUUCUUCCUUCGGCGUCGAAGCGAUUAGAAACGAGGUGGCCGCGCUUGCAACACACUGGAAGCUGUUCGGAUCGGCCACUGUGCCAAUACUUUGCGUCGCCUACCUGCCCAUCAUCUGGCAGGCACAGCUGGGUGCCUUGCUCCGCGCGUGA